CGCCGUGCCAUCGCCCUGCGCCCCCUUCUCCAGCUCUGGGUGCGGAGAAUCCCGGGGAGAUUGGCCACAAGGGCAACGGGGGGGUGCCUGGGGGUGAUGGGGGGACAGCAGGGGCUGCGAGAGGAGGGCUGGGGGUCCGGCAGAGCAUCUGCAGCGAGGAGGGGGCUGCUGCGGAGGAGCCCCUCCUUGGAGAGGCGGCGCCUGGCGCGGGUGACAUCAGCUGCUGGGGAGCUGGGAUGCUGAGCCUGGCCCUGGCAAGGCGGCUGUGCCAUCGCUUCCAGCUCCAUCCUCCCCCUCCAGCCCCACCCCACACAGCUCAGGGGUGUCCCCUCCAAAAAGAAAACACAACAGGAGCCAUUGUCUGUUCCUGGCGGGCCCGGUGGGCGCUGAGGAUGCUGCGCUAGGGGCUGCGGAUGGUGCUCACCCUGCUCGUCUCCGUCUACAAACUCUGCCGCCUCUUCGCCAUGUCGGGUAUGGAGAGGCUGGAGGUGCCCGAGUGCGUGAGCCAGGCGGGGUGCUGGGCUGCUGGCAGCUCCGGGGAGCGCCGUGAGGUUUCCCCCGGGGUGAACACGGACGUACGGGCAGCCCUGGAGCGCAUCCUGCCCGCCCUGCAGCGCUCCAUCGCCUGCGCCAAGCAGGCGGCCGGCCCCGGCGAGCUGAGGCAGGCCAUCAGCGAGGUUUUCCAGCUGGUGGAGGAGGCCUGGGGGAUGCCCACCCUGGGGAGGGACGUGGCCAAAGUGCUGUGCGACGUGAUCCGCCUGGAGGGAGGCCUGGACCUGCUGCUCAACCUGCUCUACACGGCGGAGCUGGAGACCAAGUGCCAGGCGGGGAAGCUGCUGGAGCAGAUCCUGGUGGCAGAAAACAGGGAUCGGAUCGCUCGGAUCGGUCUGGGGGUGAUCCUGAAUUUAGCCAAGGAGCGAGACAUCCCCCCGCUGGCGCAGAGCGUCUCCGGCAUCCUGGAGCACAUGUUCAAGCACACGGAGGAGACCUGCUCCCAGCUCAUCUCCGACGGGGGCCUGGAUGCCAUCCUCUACUGGUGCCGCUGGACGGACCCCAUCGUGCUGCGCCACUGCGCCAUGGCCUUGGCCAACUGCGCCAUGCACGGCGGGCAGGCCAACCAGCGCCUGAUGAUCGAGAAGAGGACGGCCGAGUGGCUUUUCCCGCUGGUGUUCUCCCGGGACGACGAGCUGAUCCGCCUGCACGCCUGCCUGGCCAUCACGGUGCUGGCCACCAACAAGGAGAUCGAGAAGGAGGUGGAGCGCUCGGGGACGCUGGCGCUCGUGGAGCCCUUCAUCGCCUCGCUGGACCCGGAGCGCUUCGCCUGCCGAAUGCUGGGCAGCAGCGACAGCAGCCAGGGCAGGACGGCCGAGGACCUGCAGCGCCUGGUCCCUUUGCUGGACAGCUCGAGGCUGGAGGCGCAGUGCAUCGCCGCCUUCUACCUGUGCGCCGAGGCUGCCAUCAAAACCAGGCAGAAGCAAACCAAGAUUUUCAGCGAGAUCGGGGCCACGCAGAGCCUGAAGCGGGUGGUGUGCUACUCCACCAGCAGCACCACCUCCUCCCUGGCCAAAAAGGUGCUGCGCAUGAUAGGGGAGGAGGUUCCUCGGCGCAUCCUGCCCACGGUGCCCAACUGGAAGCCCUGCGAGGUGCAGACGUGGCUGCAGCAGAUCGGAUUCAACAAAUACUGCCAGAGCUUCCUGGACCACCAGGUGGACGGGGACAUUCUCCUGAGGCUGACGGAGGAGGAGCUGCAGGAGGACCUGGGGAUGGGCUCCAGUAUCACCCGCAAGAGGUUUUUCCGGGAGCUGACGGAGCUGAAAACCUUCGCCAACUACUCCACCUGCGACCGCAGCAACCUGGCCGACUGGUUGGGAGGCAUUGACCCCCGGUUUCGGCAGUACACCUACAACCUGCUGACCUGCGGCAUCAACCGCAGCUUCCUGCACCGCGUGACGGAGCAGCAGCUGCAGGACGACUGCCACAUCGCCACCGGCUUCCACCGUGUCCGCAUCCUCUCCGCCGCCAGGGAAAUGCUUCACUCCCCUAUAACGCUGCAAACUGCGUCGGAUGGCACCGAUGUGUUUAUCAGCUACCGGAGGAGCACCGGCUCGCAGCUGGCCAGCCUGCUGAAGGUCCACCUGCAGCUGCACGGCUUCAGUGUCUUCAUCGACGUGGAGAAGCUGGAGGCAGGGAAGUUCGAGGACAAGCUGAUCCAGAGCGUCCUGAGCGCCCGUAACUUCGUGCUGGUCCUCUCGCCCAACGCGCUGGAUAAGUGCAUGGCAGACCCCGAGUGCAAGGACUGGGUGCACAAGGAGAUUGUGACGGCCCUGAACUCUGGCAAGAACAUUGUACCCGUUACAGACCAUUUUGAGUGGCCUGACCCAGAAACCCUCCCCAAGGACAUGAGGGCCGUCCUGAAAUUUAAUGGCAUCAAAUGGUCCCACGAGUACCAGGAGGCCACGAUCGACAAAAUCAUCCGCUUUCUCCAGGGCCGGUCCUCCCGGGAUUCCUCGGCGGGGUCGGAGAACGGCCUGGACUGUUUGCCUGCUCCCGGGCAGACCUAGGAGCAGCACGGCUGCCUCAGCCCCCCCGCAGACUUUCCAGGUGACCCCUAUUUCCGUGGGGCCGAGUUUCUCCCUCUAGAUUUUCCCCCAUCCUAGUACCUUCCCUACCCUCUCUCCCUCAGGACCUGACACCUCUUGGCUUGAGACCAGGCCGUGGCUCAGGCAGCCAUGGGGCGUUAGCCCCCCUCCACCCUCCAAAUGCAAGCCCUUGGGGCUGAAAGGCCAGCACUCCCUCGUAGGGUGCCCGGUGAGCCUCCAGGGCAGCCCCUGGGGUGGAUGAGCCGUUUUUCAGGCCAUCCCUUGGGGCAGCAGGACCUGCAGGCUGAGCCUCCUGCAGUGCAGGGGGUGCAGGGGGAACCAGGACAGUGCAGCCCCCCUGCAGAAGGCUGCAGCUCCCCCCAGAGAUGAAGCCAAAGAGGAGGCAGCUUCCAAGGAGCUAAAGUUGUGGGGUUUUCCAGGGGUUCGCUGCAGGAGGACACCAUGGCCUCUGCUGGGUGCUGCAGGAACAUCGGUGUGGGUGGGAAAGAGCAAAUAAAAGCUAAGCCCCAACAAAAUCCCUGUGUUUGGGAAAGAUAACACGCACAGGCCUUCCAAACUGCUCGGCAGAAGCUUUCUCUUCCCCAGCAAUAUCCCUUUAUCACCCAAGCUUGCUCCCUCCUCGAGGCCUUUCUCCUCCUAAUGCUGCAAAACCACUUUGUGCUCUUAGCUCUGGUGGCAGAGGUUUGGCUUUAGGUCACAGGAAGUUUCCAAAGGGUCUUUACCAAAAAAAAAGUGCUUUAAAACCACCACCUUUCCCUCCGUCCGGUGUCUCAGCUUUACCACUUUUAUCAGGUGUAUUUAUUUAUCUGUAAGGCACAGGAGGCUGGAUUGCGACUCUGCAAAACGUAUAUCCAGGCAGAUACGGACGAUGCUAACUGCUGCACUGUACUUGUGGAGAUGUUUUCCACUGGCUGCAUUUUAUUCUGUUGUUGGUGCUCCACAGCAGAUCUCCUCUACGGUCUGUUCCUUCGAGCAGGGGCUGGCACAUCCCUUUGUGGCCUAGCACUUACCCCGACAGCCCUGGCUAAGCUCCUCCGGCUCAGGGACGUCCCCACGCUGCUGGAUGCAAUACCAAAUAGCACUUGUUUCCUUUUACCAGCCUCUUCCCAACGCCCACCAGAUCUUUUUUGUAGCUACUCACCUUGAAAUAUCAGGUAAGAGCCGAGGUUGACGCAAAGGGCAGGUGGAGGCUGCUAGGUGUGAGCACAGGCUGAGAGCACCCCGACACGCCUCUGAAUUCUGCCCUCCUGGCCUUGUCCUGCUUCUCACACCUGCUCGGAGGGCGAUUAGGCUUUCAGCAACAUGGUAUUUUGCAAUUAGGACCAGACACUGCAACUCCUACCUGCGUUCUUCUGUUUUGGUGCAGAGCACGGUUACUAACGCAAAAGACUUCCUCACUCAGGACACACUCGAGCAAGCCAUGCCCAGGGAGCAGCAGCCUGCCCAGCACUCUGGGGAUCAGGCUGAUGCAGUAGGAAAUUCCUCAGCCUGUCCCUGCUCAGGCUAACCCACCCUUUCCAGGAGGCAAUGAGGAGGCAGAGCUAUGUUCCAGCCCACAAGCACUCACCUUGGCUCUCCGUGAAGCCUUGCUACCUGCCUUAGCUGGCAUGACACAUAACUGCACAUAAACACAACUCCUUUUGGCUUGGAUUUAUGAGCAUAUCGUAAGAAGAAAAGUAAGUUAAAUUCUGGUGCUUAAUCAGAGCUUUAUGGAGAGCUCUUAUCAGCUCACAGAUAAUGGCGUCUUUGCUCUCCAGUGAAAGGUUAAUAGCCAGGUCUGCCCAGCCCUCAUCAGAAAUAGCAUCACCUAAUCUUCAGAUUAAAUACGAGGAAGGCAGCAGAUGAGCCCAAAGGUGAAUCUGCCAGAGGAUAAAAGCAACUUGUGAGCUGCUUCAGGGAAAAAUCCUGAGUAAUUUAUUGAAGGUCAAGGCCUCUGUGGCCAUUAAAGGAGUCCCACACAAACAGUCCAAAGGAUUUUUCUCUCUAAAAUAACACACAGUAAGAUUCUCGUGUCUUGUUUCCCAGGAGCUCUCUAGCAUUUAACCUCCUCACCCUCCACUCAAUAGACAAGAUUUAGUUGUCCUCUACAGCUUUGGUGUCUUACCUGCACUGAGAUCACAGCCCAUGCCCCAGCUGCCCAGACUGUAACUCAUCCUGUUUCCCUGUUAGGCGAUUAUCUUCACCCUGAUGAACUCACUGCUCUUGACAAAACACCCCAUGCCCGUCCACUUCCAGUCAAAGCAGACAUCCCCAAGGAGAUCAUAGAACAUCCGAGUUGGACGGGACCCAGUAAGAUCAUCGAGUCCAACUCCUAAAAUAAGUGCUUCUGUUCUCACCCUUCCUUACCCCUUUGCCAUGCCAUGUCAGAAAGUAUUUAAAGUUGUUCUAUUGGACAUUAUUAAUAAAUUUGGUUUAUACUCUAAA